CAGUUAUCGGCGACAUCGCCUGAGCAAAGCCAGAGACGAGGGCGCGGGUGUAAUUUUUGCGGCGGCUGAGACGGGAAAGUGUCGACUUGCAGCUUUGCACCGUUUAAAGAAUGUCAGCAAGUUGACAAUACUAGUGAUGGGGAAAGGUGGUGCUGGGAAAUCAUCAACUGUAAACUCAAUUAUAGGGGAAAAAGUAGUGGCUGUGAGUACUUUUCAGGUAUUAGUGGCUUCACUUUGUCCUGGUUAAGCCAGCAUUUAUGUGGUGAAAUAUUUUGUAUGACUUGUAUUGUGCUGUUCUACUAGUCAGAAGGUCCAAGACCUGUGAUGGUGUAACGCACAAGGUCAGGAUUUACAUUGAAUGUCAUCGACACACCUGGGUUGGUAGAAGGAGGUUAUAUCAAUAAGCAUGCACUUGAGAUUAUAAAAUGGUAUGCAGCAGCUAGAGAGGUAGAAGCUUCAAGCACUUGCAGAUUUUUAUUUUUAUUUCUUUCUGGCACUUGUUCGAGAAGUUAGCUUCAAUCCACUUUCAAUUCUCAUUUUUCUUUGGGGGCUGGAUUUUAAGUGCAUGAGCAGUUUCCUUUUAAAGAAGACCAUAGAUGUUCUACUGUAUGUCGACCGUCUGGAUGCAUAUCAGGUCGAUAAUUUGGAUAGGCUGGUUGUCAAAGCUAUUACGGAUAGCUUCGGUAAGGAAAUAUGGAAGAGAGCUUUAGUUGUCCUCAGCCAUUCUCAGCUUUCCCCUCCAGAUGGAUUGAACUAUUAUAUUUUCUUCUCCAAAAGAUCAGAGGCUGUUUUAGAAGUUAUUACUCAGGGUGCCCAGCUGAAGAAAGGUGAUCUGCAGGUGUGUGGCUUGUCUUUCUUACUUUUGAUUGCUAAGUAUAUGAUUUUUAUAGUUGGUAAGGAUGCUAGCUGUAAACUAGGUUAGUUUCCAAUUCUUCCUCAAAAUAUGUGAUGCCAGGCAGAUGUUGCCAUUCCCAUUGAUAAAUUACUCGAUGCUCU